AUGAUGUCGAAACACGACAAAAUAUGCAGCGAAAACUCGAGAAAGCUGCUGAAUUUAAUAAUAAAUACACAAAAAUCAGGUUUAGAUGUUGCUGACCUUGGCAUGAUUCACUUAGUAAAUGAGAUCGAUCGUUUACGAAAGUUGUGGAAAGCAUCAGAAGAAUCAAAAAAGAAAAUUUUAGAAGAAGCACGACAAACAGAACGCCAAUUAAUAGAAACUCGGAAGACUGUGGAAGUUCAAAAGAGUGACUUAGCUGAUACCAGAAAGCAUAUGAGUGUUGUUAUGGAAGAAAAUCGCGCUCUCAAACUUGACUUGAAUGUGUAUGAAACACGAGAGAAACAACUUAAGGAAGCAAUGAAAAGUGGAUUAUUUGAUAGUUUGACUAAAGAAGAUCGGGAUCAGUUUGCCUUCUUGAGAGAGCCUUUGAUGCGCACACAUUCCACAAGAGUUCAGGCAAAAUACCCACAAAUAUUACAUGAGACACAAGAUGACGGAGACGAUAGUGAAGUCGAUUACGACGUUACCGGAGACAGUCUCGACGAAGUUAUUGUUCUGAGAAAUGGUAGAGAGGUUCGUCGCUCUUCGGUAGCACGUAACCGACGAUCCUCAUCAGCGCAACCCAAUGUUGCUCCAACUGCUCCAGCCAUUAAUUCCAAAAGAAGCCGUAGCCGUGUUAUGACCGCAACAAUAGAAGAAGAACCUUCUGAAGGAGGAACUCCACCCAAGCGAUGCCGUGAUGGAAGCUCAAAUGCUCCUGAAGUGACCACAACAACAACCACGACGACUACUUUGACUAUUACCGGAAAAGAUGGUAGACCAGGGAGAAGCAGCGUUCACCGAACUGUGACUCGUCGAAGCCUGAGUUGUGGGAGUGUGCCAUCUGUUGGGACUCCUGGGCAAACUACUGGAAUGGUGGGCGGAAAUGCAGCCAUAACCAAAAGCACGUUGGACAUUAGAACUCUUAAGCGAUGCGUAAAUGCUCCUUCAUGGACAACCGGAAGCAGCAAAGAUAUAGCUGCUAGAGAGCAUACUUUUGAAGAAGUCGGAAUAAAUUUUGUAAUCCAAAAAUGCGAUGGAUGCCAGAGUUCGAUUUUUGCUAGCAAGUCCCUUAAGUGCAAGGAUUGUCAUCAGAGUGUUCAUAAAAUGUGCGCCAGACUCCUUCAUCCGCCAUGUGUUCCACGCCAGAAGACCAUUUCGACUCCAAAAAGCGUAAAUCGAACUCAACGUCGCGAAUACCGCCUUCAAGACUUCUGCACAAGCGCGAAACCAAUGAUUCCCUAUCCAAUUGUGCACUGCGUUGUCGCACUUGAGAAGAAUCGUUUGAAUCACAUUGGGCUUUACCGUGUACCAGGAGAUGUUCGAGUUGUUGGCAAAUUGUUGACCGAAUUGAGAACGUCGAAAACUGUUCCGAACCUCGACAUUCAAGAUUCUGAUGUGAUCACGGAAACAUUGAAAAGAUUUUUGAGGGAUUUGAGGGAUCCACUUGUUCCAAAAACUUCGCGUGCGGAGAUCCUUUCUGCUGGUGCACUGUAUGCUGCUGAUCAAGCUAAAGGUCGUCUAGCCCUCAAUCGUGUGAUUUGUGAGCUCCCACAAGCCAAUCGUGAUACUAUGGCUUAUCUAUUUUUGCACUGGAAAAAGGUCAUCGCUCAUUCUGAAUUCAAUAAGAUGGAUGAGAAGCCAAUGGCGACUUGUCUUGCUCCCGCCGUAAUGGGAAUGCCACAGAAAAUUGAUAAAACAGCGGCUCACGAUGUUGCCAAUUGCGAGCGUACCAUGAUUGCUCUAUUCUCAUUUGAUGACAUUUAUUGGCAACGGUUUUUGAAUAACCAAACCGAUGUGAUUGAGACCCCAAGAUAUGCAGAAACGAAUGCCGCAGUUUUUGAUCGGAGCAUUUUGGGUCCGAAUUUGAAGGUGUUCCAGAUGGAGGUGGAUGGUCCACCUCCAUUUUCGGGAGUUAUUGAUGAGACGAAUGAAUCAUUUUCAAACCGGGUCAAUUCAAUUGACGAGGAUGCUGAAGAACACGAAAAUGAAUUUGUGGGAAAAGGACAAAGCGAAUUGCAGAAGGAAGUUGAUGAGAUGAAAACAGCGCAAAGUUUUUCCGGAGUUUGUUUAAAUGAAAACCAGGUAUCCGAAAGUGAUGUUGAAACGGCGAACUCGCGAAUUAGCGAUUUUUCCUAUUUCAAAACAGCUAACGAGAUUGGGACUUCCGAUAUGUCGACAAAAGUAGAAGAAUCAGUUAGUAAAGAUGAUGAAGACGAUGAAUGGGGAGACUUUGGUGCUGCCGCGCCGAUCAGUGAUACCAUUGUUGAAGUUUCUGCAAAUGGUGACGAUGAUGAUUGGGGAGAUUUUGAUCAAGCAAGACCAUCAAAAAUUGAAGCAAUUAAGCCAACGUUCACGAAAAAUGAUUCUUUGGAAGAUUGGGGUGCAUUUGAAGGUGAAGAAAUCAAAGGUGCAAACGACGAUUGGCAGGCCGAAUUUGCUAGCGCGGCAGUUGGACCAUCUACUAGUGUGGAGGCGGAAAGUUUUCUAAAACUUGAGAGUUUAAUGGAUAACGAGGAGUUCUGGAAUGAUGGAUUCGAUUCUGAAAACGUGUAUACACCAGAGGAAGAUGAAGAAUGCAACUCGGAAUGUUCUGAUAUUAUUCAAAAAUUCAAUGAUGUAAAUUUAAACGAAAACGAUGCUUCCGCAUAUUUAUGGUUAUCGUUACGAAUAGUCGAAGACGCAAGAUCGCUGAAAUUCGAAUGGAAGUCAUCUAGUCUGAGAAAAAAUCACUUCAACUCGUUAAGAAUUGAUCCGAAUAAAGUUGAAAGGAGGGAAAAGCCGAUAUUCGAUUCUUCGAUGCUUCUUCCGACGCCUGUAUCGUCUUCGGUUCCGUCUUCAUCAAAUAAAUUGUCGCCUACUGAAGAAAGUAAAGAUACACCGAGUAGCACAAGCAACGGAGAUUCUCCUACAAUUCCGGUUGUUGAUUUUGAUUGGGAUGCUUCGGGACUUACUAAUCCACUGAAAGGAGCAGGUCAAACUUCUGCGAUAAUCGAUGUGGAUUUUCUCUCUUCAAAUGGUGUUGUUAACAGUUUUACUAAUCCGUUGCAAAAGGAUCUCGCCGAAUUUGGAUUGAAUUCCUCGAAUGAGCUGCAAAAUCAUUCGAAAUCUUCGAUUCUUGACUCGAUUCUCCAAAAAACGAACGAGAGCCGAAAAAGUCCUUAUAAGGACGUGCAGGUUCUCUCAUUGGAUGCGCGGAAGUUGCUUGAACAACUGCCCGAUCUUGAAUAUCUCCAAUCUUCUAUGCUGAUGUUUCCGAUGGGUAGUGGAAUUAGCAAUCGCGAUCCUUCGAGUGAGCAACGAAAUGUGGAAACUGAGAGCCAAUUCAAUCAUACUUUGACGGAAAAGGCGCCAGUGUCCCAAAAAGCUGAAGAAUUCGUUACUCGAAUAUUCAAAGAUCUCGUGGAAAGUUGGAAUGAAAUUGUGACAAUCGACAAAAAUAUGAAAUUGGAUGAACUAUUGAAAGGAUAUGAUAUUGAUAAGAAAUUGGAAGGGAUGAAGAUGAUGAAUAAGGACGAACUUAUUGAUAUAAUGAGAGUUAAACUAAUGAGUAUUCAAACUAUGGAACAGGAAAUACAGCUUCUCUCGAAACACAAACAAGAUUUAGCAUUGAAGUUGAAAAUAUGCGAGACUAGAAUUAUGGACUCUCAACUUCGAGUUUUUGAUAAGAUGGAUUCCGCUUUUAAAACAAUACUUGAUGAUUUCGAAAAGCGAGAAAUCGAAUUGGUCGAAAAACUCGAAGAAGUUGAGAAGAAGAAUGAAUCUGUUUCGAAAAGAAAUGAGGAGCUCGAUUUUACUUUAACAUCGGCUAUGAAUAGGAUUGAAUCGCAAGAAGAAAAAAUCGACGCGUUAAAUAAGGAAAAUGAUAGGAUAAGCAAACACAAUGCCGAUUUAGAAACUGAGCUUGCAAUUGUGAAAAAAAAGAAUGAACGGUUAACAGACGAAAUUUUUGUACUUGAAGAGAAGAAAACGCAAUUAAACGAGGAACUCAUCGAUUCUCGAGAGCAGAUGAUCGAGCGAACUAAAGAAGUGCAACGAUUGCAAACUGCGAUGCUUCAGGAAGACGAGAAAAAUCGGGAAAAGGCGAGAAGAAAUGAACUUGAGCUUGUACAACAAAUGGUUGAAAAAUACGAAAAACAUUUCGAAAUGCUUGAAUGUCAGAUCAAAGGAAAAUUGAAGAGAAAUAUAGCGAAUAAUUAUCGUGAAAUGCUGGAUGUAAUUUCUGAUGAAAAAACACACAUUCCCACUCCUCCAUCAUCGUCAUUUGGCGACCCAUUAUUGGAUUUAGCAAAUGAAUUGGAAAGGAAUAAAGAGAAUAAAAAACGACCAUUGAGUGAUAAAUCAUCGUGUCCCCCGUCACCGAAAAGAAAUGUUGGUGUUCAAGUCGAACGACGAAGUGAGAAGAAAGUGAGCGCGCCCGUCAAACGCGUGCUGCCAGUCUCAUCAAGAGGAUUCCGAAAUUAA